CUUUUUGUUUUGCAGUACUGGCCGGUGCUGAGCCUGAGCACUAUUCAUUUCGUAUACCAGGAGUGUUCUCUGCUAAACUGCAGCCAUGUCUUCGGACUCAGAAAUGGCAGCCUUCGGGCCAGCUGCCCCUUUUCUCCGAAAGUCAGAAAAGGAGAGAAUUGAGGCUCAAAACAAGCCAUUUGAUGCCAAAACAUCAGUUUUUGUGGUGGAUCCUAAGAUCUCCUUUGCAAAAGGUGUUGUCCAGAGCAAGGAGGCAGGGAAAGUCACAGUCAAGAAAGAAGGUGGAGACACUGUGACAGUUAAGGAUGACCAAGUCUUUCCUAUGAAUCCUCCCAAAUUUGAUAAAAUUGAGGACAUGGCCAUGAUGACCCACCUCCAUGAACCAGCUGUGCUGUAUAACCUCAAAGAGCGUUAUGCAGCCUGGAUGAUCUAUACCUAUUCAGGUCUCUUCUGUGUCACUGUCAAUCCCUACAAGUGGCUGCCAGUAUAUAAUCCUGAGGUGGUAAAUGCCUACAGAGGCAAAAAGCGUCAAGAGGCCCCUCCUCACAUCUUCUCCAUCUCUGACAAUGCCUAUCAGUUCAUGUUAACUGAUCGUGAGAACCAGUCCAUUCUAAUCACUGGAGAAUCUGGUGCUGGAAAGACUGUGAACACAAAACGUGUCAUCCAAUAUUUUGCAACAAUUGCUGCAGCUACUGAUAAGAAGAAGGAAGAACCACAGCAAGCAAGCAAGCUAAAGGGAACCCUUGAAGAUCAAAUUAUCAGUGCCAACCCUUUGCUGGAGGCUUUUGGGAAUGCCAAGACUGUGAGGAAUGACAACUCUUCCCGUUUUGGUAAAUUCAUCAGAAUUCACUUUGCUGCUACAGGAAAACUGGCUUCUGCAGACAUUGAGACAUAUCUCCUGGAGAAGUCCAGAGUUACUUUCCAGCUGAAAGCUGAAAGAAGCUACCACAUCUUUUAUCAGAUCACGUCCAACAAGAAGCCAGAACUGAUUGAGAUGCUUCUGAUUACUACCAACCCAUAUGACUUUCACUUUGUGAGUCAGGGUGAGAUCAGUGUUGCCAGUAUCAAUGAUCAAGAAGAGUUGAUGGCAACUGAUGAAGCCAUUGACAUCCUGGGUUUCACUGCUGAGGAAAAGACAGCCAUUUACAAGCUAACUGGAGCUGUAAUGCACUAUGGGAACAUGAAGUUCAAGCAGAAGCAACGUGAGGAACAAGCUGAGCCAGAUGGCACUGAAGUUGCUGACAAGGCUGCCUACCUCAUGAACCUCAAUUCAGCAGAUCUGCUGAAAGCUUUGUGCUACCCCCGCGUCAAGGUCGGCAAUGAAUAUGUCACCAAAGGCCAAACUGUCCAGCAGGUGUACAAUAAUGUAGGUGCUCUUGCAAAAGCAGUCUAUGAAAAGAUGUUCUUGUGGAUGGUUAUUCGUAUUAACCAGCAGCUGGAUACCAAGCAAGCAAGACAAUACUUCAUUGGUGUGCUGGACAUUGCAGGCUUUGAGAUUUUUGAUUACAACAGCCUGGAGCAGCUGUGCAUCAAUUUCACUAAUGAGAAACUGCAACAGUUUUUCAACCAUCACAUGUUUGUGCUGGAGCAAGAAGAGUACAAGAAAGAAGGAAUUGAAUGGGAGUUCAUUGACUUUGGAAUGGAUCUGGCUGCCUGCAUUGAACUCAUUGAGAAGCCAAUGGGCAUUUUCUCCAUUCUGGAAGAAGAGUGCAUGUUUCCUAAGGCAACCGACACUUCUUUCAAGAACAAGCUCUAUGACCAGCAUCUUGGAAAAUCUGCUAAUUUCCAGAAACCUAAGCCUGUCAAAGGCAAGGCUGAAGCCCACUUUGCUCUGGUGCACUAUGCUGGCACGGUGGACUACAAUAUUACUGGCUGGCUGGAGAAGAACAAAGACCCAUUGAAUGAUACGGUGGUGGGUCUGUAUCAGAAAUCAUCCAUGAAGACUCUAGCUUUCCUGUUUGCUGAUCGUCCCGUAGAUGCUGAUGGUGGCGGCAGUGGUGGCAAGAAAGCUGCUAAGAAGAAGGGGUCUUCCUUCCAGACUGUGUCUGCUCUUUUCAGGGAGAACUUAAACAAACUGAUGUCCAAUCUGAGAAGCACUCAUCCCCACUUUGUGCGCUGCAUUAUUCCCAAUGAAACAAAAACACCUGGUGCAAUGGAACAUGAACUUGUACUGCAUCAACUGAGGUGUAAUGGUGUGCUGGAAGGCAUCCGCAUUUGCCGAAAGGGAUUCCCUAGUAGGAUCGUUUAUGCUGAUUUCAAACAGAGAUACAAGGUUUUAAAUGCAAGUGCAAUUCCAGAAGGCCAGUUCAUUGAUAGCAAGAAAGCAUCUGAAAAGCUUCUUGGAUCUAUUGAUAUUGACCACACCCAGUAUAGAUUUGGACAUACCAAGGUGUUCUUCAAAGCUGGCCUUUUGGGUCUUCUGGAAGAGAUGAGAGACGACAAGCUGGCUCAUCUGAUAACACGUACACAGGCUAUGUGUCGUGGUUUCUUAGCAAGGACAGAGUACCAGAAAAUGUUGGAAAGGAGAGAGGCCAUCUUUACUAUUCAAUACAAUGUCCGUUCAUUCAUGAACGUCAAGCACUGGCCCUGGAUGAAGUUAUAUUUCAAGAUCAAGCCCUUGCUAAAGAGUGCUGAAUCAGAGAAAGAGAUGGCCACCAUGAAAGAAGAGUUUCAGAAAACUAAAGAAGAGCUUGCCAAGUCAGAGGCAAAACGAAAGGAACUUGAAGAAAAAAUGGUGUCUCUGAUCCAAGAGAAGAAUGACUUGCAGCUCCAAGUCCAGUCUGAAGCUGAUGGCUUGGCAGAUGCUGAGGAGAGAUGUGACCAGCUGAUCAAAACCAAAAUUCAGCUGGAAGCUAAAAUUAAGGAGCUGACUGAACGGGCAGAGGAUGAGGAGGAAAUGAAUGCUGAGCUGACAGCCAAAAAGAGGAAACUGGAAGAUGAAUGCUCAGAGCUGAAGAAAGACAUUGAUGAUCUGGAGUUAACACUGGCCAAGGUGGAAAAGGAGAAGCAUGCCACAGAAAACAAGGUGAAAAAUCUCACUGAAGAGAUGGCAGUCUUGGAUGAGACCAUUGCCAAAUUGACCAAGGAAAAGAAAGCCCUCCAAGAGGCCCAUCAACAGACCUUGGAUGACCUGCAGGCAGAGGAGGACAAAGUCAAUACUCUGACCAAAGCAAAGACCAAGCUGGAGCAGCAAGUGGACGAUCUUGAAGGGUCCCUGGAGCAAGAAAAGAAGAUACGCAUGGACCUGGAGAGAGCCAAGAGGAAGCUUGAAGGUGAUCUGAAGCUGUCCCAAGAAUCCUUAAUGGAUUUGGAAAAUGAUAAGCAGCAGAUGGAUGAAAAGCUGAAGAAGAAAGAAUUUGAAAUCAGCCAGUUCCAAAGCAAAAUUGAAGAUGAGCAGGCCUUGGGCUUACAACUUCAGAAGAAGAUAAAGGAGUUACAGGCUCGUAUUGAGGAACUGGAGGAGGAGAUUGAGGCUGAGCGUGCAUCUCGGGCCAAAGCAGAGAAGCAGCGGGCUGAUCUCUCCAGAGAACUUGAAGAGAUCAGUGAACGUCUGGAGGAAGCUGGUGGGGCAACCGCAGCUCAGAUUGAGAUGAACAAGAAACGUGAGGCAGAAUUCCAGAAAAUGCGCAGGGACCUUGAAGAGGCCACUCUGCAACAUGAAGCCACAACAGCUGCUCUCCGCAAGAAGCAUGCAGACAGUGCAGCUGAACUUGGGGAACAAAUUGAUAACCUGCAACGUGUGAAACAGAAGCUAGAGAAGGAGAAGAGUGAGCUGAAGAUGGAGAUUGAUGACCUUGCUAGUAAUUUGGAAUCUGUCUCCAAAGGCAAGGCUAAUUUUGAAAAGAUGUGCCGCACCCUAGAAGAUCAGCUUAGCGAGCUUAAAACAAAAGAAGAAGAGCAUCAACGUUCCAUUAAUGACCUGAAUGCUCAAAGAGCUCGUUUGCAGACAGAAUCUGGUGAACUCUCACGACAGGUAGAUGAAAAAGAUGCUUUGAUUUCCCAGCUUUCCAGAGGCAAGCAAGCUUUUACUCAACAAAUUGAAGAACUGAAGAGACAACUUGAGGAAGAGAUAAAGGCCAAGAAUGCACUGGCCCAUGGUUUACAAUCUGCAAGACAUGACUGUGACCUUCUUCGGGAACAAUAUGAAGAAGAACAGGAAGCCAAGGCUGAGCUUCAGCGUGCCCUGUCCAAGGCAAACAGUGAGGUUGCUCAAUGGAGAACUAAAUACGAAACUGAUGCCAUUCAGCGGACUGAGGAACUGGAAGAAGCCAAGAAAAAGCUGGCUCAGCGUCUGCAGGAUGCUGAAGAGCACGUAGAGGCUGUGAAUUCCAAAUGUGCUUCCCUUGAGAAGACAAAGCAAAGGUUACAGAAUGAAGUGGAGGACUUGAUGAUUGAUGUGGAAAGGUCCAAUGCAGCCUGUGCAGCUCUAGAUAAGAAGCAGAAGAACUUUGAUAAGAUUCUGGCAGACUGGAAACAGAAAUAUGAGGAAACACAGUCUGAACUGGAAGCCUCCCAGAAAGAGGCUCGCUCUCUCAGCACAGAGCUCUUUAAGAUGAAGAAUGCUUAUGAGGAAUCCUUGGAUCACUUGGAAACUCUGAAGCGUGAAAACAAGAAUCUCCAGCAGGAGAUUUCUGACCUCACGGAGCAGGUUGCUGAAGGAGGAAAAGCUAUCCAUGAAUUGGAGAAAGUGAAGAAGCAGAUUGAGCAAGAGAAAAAUGAUCUGCAGACUGCUCUAGAGGAAGCUGAGGCCUCACUGGAACACGAAGAAGGCAAAAUCCUCCGCAUCCAACUUGAGCUCAACCAGGUGAAGGCUGACAUUGACAGGAGAAUUGCAGAGAAGGAUGAGGAAAUUGAUCAGCUGAAGAGGAAUCACCUGAGAGUUGUGGAGUCCAUGCAGAGCACACUGGAUGCUGAGAUCAGGAGCAGGAAUGAUGCCCUGCGGCUGAAAAAGAAGAUGGAGGGAGAUCUGAAUGAAAUGGAAAUCCAGCUGAGCCAUGCCAACCGCCAAGCUGCUGAAGCACAGAAGAACCUCAGGAACACCCAAGGAAUACUCAAGGACACCCAGAUACAUCUGGAUGAAGCUAUGAGGAGCCAGGAAGAUCUGAAGGAGCAAGUGGCCAUGGUUGAGCGCAGAGCUAAUCUGAUGCUGGCUGAGAUUGAGGAGCUCCGUGCAGCUCUGGAACAGACAGAGAGGGGCAGGAAAAUAGCAGAACAGGAACUUCUGGAUGCCAGUGAGCGUGUGCAACUCCUCCACACCCAGAACACCAGCUUGAUCAACACCAAAAAGAAGCUGGAAACGGAUAUUGCCCAAAUCCAGAGUGAAAUGGAGGAGACAAUUCAGGAAGCACGCAAUGCAGAAGAGAAGGCCAAGAAGGCCAUAACUGAUGCAGCCAUGAUGGCAGAGGAGUUGAAGAAGGAACAAGAUACCAGUGCACAUCUGGAGAGGAUGAAGAAGAACCUAGACCAGACUGUGAAGGACUUGCAGCACCGUCUUGAUGAAGCAGAGCAGCUGGCACUGAAAGGAGGGAAGAAACAGAUCCAGAAACUGGAGGCCAGAGUUCGUGAGCUGGAAGCUGAGUGUGAGAAUGAACAGAAGCGCAGUGCUGAGGCUAUAAAAGGUGUACGAAAGUAUGAGAGAAGAGUAAAGGAACUGACUUAUCAGGCUGAAGAAGAUCGGAAGAAUGUUCUGAGACUCCAGGAUCUUGUAGAUAAACUACAGCUCAAAGUGAAAGCAUACAAGCGACAAGCUGAGGAAGCUGAGGAACAAUCCAAUGUGAACCUUUCGAAGUUCCGCAAGAUUCAGCAUGAGCUGGAAGAGGCUGAGGAGCGGGCUGACAUUGCUGAGUCCCAGGUUAACAAGCUCCGGGUGAAGACCCGAGAGGUGCACAAGAAAGUUGUUGUAAGCGAAGAAACUGCAGCCAUGUCAUCAGACGCGGAGAUGGCCAUCUUUGGGCCAGCUGCCCCUUUUCUCCGGAAACCAGAAAAGGAGAGAAUUGAGGCCCAGAACAAGCCCUUUGAUGCAAAGAAUUCAGUCUUUGUGUCAGAUCCUAAGGAGUCUUAUGUGAAGGCCACUGUCACAGCCAGGGAAGGAGGGAAGGUCACAGCCAAGACUGAAAAAGGAGAAUCUGUGACUGUGAAAGAAGACCAAGUCUUUUCUAUGAAUCCUCCCAAAUAUGACAAAAUUGAGGACAUGGCCAUGAUGACCCACCUCCAUGAACCUGCUGUCCUGUAUAACCUCAAAGAGCGUUAUGCAGCCUGGAUGAUUUAUACUUAUUCAGGUCUCUUCUGUGUCACUGUCAAUCCAUACAAAUGGCUGCCAGUGUACAACCCAGAAGUGGUAAAUGCCUACAGAGGCAAAAAGCGUCAAGAGGCCCCUCCUCACAUCUUCUCCAUCUCUGACAAUGCCUAUCAGUUCAUGUUAACUGAUCGUGAGAAUCAGUCUAUUCUGAUCACUGGAGAAUCUGGUGCUGGAAAGACUGUGAACACGAAACGUGUCAUCCAGUACUUUGCAACAAUUGCAGCCACAGGUGAGAAGAAAAAGGAGGAGGUCACAGCAGGCAAAAUAAAGGUAAGCUUUGUGUCACAAAAGGAUGAAAUGUGGUUUUGAUGCAGUCUCUAUAUAAUUAAUCUUACAAUAAUACAUACAUUGCAGGGUACCCUUGAAGAUCAAAUCAUCAGUGCCAACCCCUUGCUGGAGGCUUUUGGAAAUGCAAAGACUGUGAGGAAUGACAACUCCUCACGUUUCGGUAAAUUCAUCAGAAUCCAUUUUGGUGCCACAGGCAAACUGGCUUCUGCUGACAUUGAAACAUAUUUGCUAGAGAAGUCCAGAGUUACUUUCCAGCUGAAAGCUGAAAGAAGCUACCACAUCUUUUAUCAGAUCAUGUCCAACAAGAAGCCAGAACUGAUUGAGAUGUUGCUGAUUACUACCAACCCAUACGACUCACUUGUGAGUCAGGGUGAGAUCACUGUUGCCAGCAUCAAUGAUCAAGAAGAGUUGAUGGCAACUGAUGAAGCCAUUGACAUCCUGGGUUUCACUGCUGAGGAAAAGACAGCCAUUUACAAGCUAACUGGAGCUGUAAUGCACUAUGGGAACAUGAAGUUCAAGCAGAAGCAACGUGAGGAGCAGGCUGAGCCAGAUGGCACUGAAGUGGCUGACAAGGCUGCCUACCUCAUGAACCUCAAUUCAGCAGAUCUGCUGAAAGCUUUGUGCUACCCCCGAGUCAAGGUCGGCAAUGAAUAUGUCACCAAAGGCCAAACUGUUCAGCAGGUGUAUAAUAAUGUUGGAGCUUUGGCUAAAGCUGUCUUUGAGAAGAUGUUCUUGUGGAUGGUUGUUCGUAUUAACCAGCAACUGGAUACUAAACAGCCAAGGCAAUACUUCAUUGGUGUGCUGGACAUUGCUGGCUUUGAGAUCUUUGAUUACAACAGCCUGGAGCAGCUGUGCAUCAACUUCACUAAUGAGAAACUGCAACAGUUUUUCAACCAUCACAUGUUUGUGCUGGAGCAAGAGGAGUACAAGAAAGAAGGAAUUGAAUGGGAGUUCAUUGACUUUGGAAUGGACCUGGCUGCCUGCAUUGAACUCAUUGAGAAGCCAAUGGGCAUUUUCUCCAUCCUAGAAGAAGAGUGCAUGUUCCCCAAGGCAACAGACACAUCUUUUAAGAACAAGCUCUAUGAACAGCAUCUUGGCAAAUGCAAGAACUUUGAAAAGCCCAAACCUGGCAAAGGGAAGGCUGAGGCUCACUUCGCCCUGGUCCAUUAUGCCGGCACUGUGGACUACAACAUCAGUGGAUGGCUGGACAAGAACAAGGACCCCCUGAAUGAAAGUGUAAUUCAGCUCUACCAGAAAUCAUCUAUGAAGACACUGGCUUUGCUAUUUGCUGACCGCCCUCCAGAAGAGGGAAAGAAGGCUGCAAAGAAGAAGGGUUCCUCAUUCCAGACUGUCUCCGCUCUUUUCAGGGAGAACUUAAACAAACUGAUGAGCAACCUGAAGAGUACUCAUCCACACUUUGUGCGUUGCCUAAUCCCCAAUGAAACUAAAACCCCUGGUGCCAUGGAACAUGAACUUGUAUUGCACCAACUGAGAUGUAAUGGUGUGCUGGAGGGCAUCAGAAUUUGCAGGAAGGGAUUCCCCAGCAGGAUUAUUUAUGGUGACUUCAAACAGAGAUAUAGAGUUUUAAAUGCAAGUGCCAUCCCCGAGGGACAGUUCAUGGAUAGCAAGAAGGCUUCUGAGAAACUUCUUGGAUCUAUUGAUGUUGACCACACCCAAUAUAAAUUUGGCCACACAAAGGUCUUCUUCAAAGCUGGCCUUUUGGGUCUUCUGGAGGAGAUGAGAGAUGACAAAUUGGCACAGCUGAUUACACGUACACAGGCUAUGUGUCGUGGCUACUUAGCAAGGGUGGAGUUCCAAAAAAUGAUGGAAAGGAGAGAAUCCAUCUUUACUAUUCAAUACAAUGUCCGUUCAUUUAUGAAUGUGAAGACUUGGUCUUGGAUGAAGUUGUACUUCAAGAUCAAGCCUUUGCUGAAGAGUGCUGAAUCAGAGAAGGAGAUGGCCAACAUGAAGGAAGAGUUUGAGAAAACUAAAGAAAGUCUUGCUAAAGCAGAUGCCAAAGUGAAGGAACUGGAAGAAAAAAUGGUUUCUCUGAUGCAAGAGAAGAAUGACUUGCAACUCCAAGUCCAAUCUGAAGCUGAUGGCUUGGCAGAUGCUGAGGAGAGAUGUGACCAGCUGAUCAAAACCAAAAUUCAGCUGGAAGCUAAAAUUAAGGAGCUGACUGAACGGGCAGAGGAUGAAGAGGAAAUGAAUGCUGAGCUGACAGCCAAAAAGAGGAAACUGGAAGAUGAAUGCUCAGAGCUGAAGAAAGACAUUGAUGAUCUGGAGUUAACACUGGCCAAGGUGGAAAAGGAGAAGCAUGCCACAGAAAACAAGGUGAAAAAUCUCACUGAAGAGAUGGCAGUCUUGGAUGAGAACAUUGCCAAACUGACCAAGGAAAAGAAAGCCCUCCAAGAGGCCCAUCAACAGACCUUGGAUGACCUGCAGGCAGAGGAGGACAAAGUCAAUACUCUGACCAAAGCAAAGACCAAGCUGGAGCAGCAAGUGGACGAUCUUGAAGGGUCCCUGGAGCAAGAAAAGAAACUUCGCAUGGACCUGGAAAGAUCCAAGAGGAAACUUGAAGGUGAUCUGAAGCUGGCCCAGGAAUCCACAAUGGAUUUGGAGAAUGAUAAGCAGCAGCUGGAUGAAAAGCUUAAGAAGAAAGACUUUGAAAUCAGCCAGUUCCAAAGCAAAAUUGAAGAUGAGCAGGCCUUGGGCUCCCAGCUUCAAAAGAAGAUAAAGGAGUUACAGGCUCGUAUUGAGGAACUGGAGGAGGAGAUUGAGGCUGAGCGUGCAUCUCGGGCCAAAGCAGAGAAGCAGCGGGCUGAUCUCUCCAGAGAACUUGAAGAGAUCAGUGAGCGUCUGGAGGAAGCUGGUGGGGCAACCGCAGCUCAGAUUGAGAUGAACAAGAAACGUGAGGCAGAAUUCCAGAAAAUGCGCAGGGACCUUGAAGAAGCCACUCUGCAACAUGAAGCCACUGCAUCUGCUCUCCGCAAGAAGCAUGCAGACAGUGCAGCUGAACUUGGGGAACAAAUUGAUAACCUGCAACGUGUGAAACAGAAGCUGGAGAAGGAGAAGAGUGAGCUGAAGAUGGAGAUUGAUGACCUUGCCAGUAAUAUGGAGUCAGUUUCCAAAGCAAAGGCAAAUCUUGAAAAGAUAAGCCGCACUUUAGAAGACCAGCUUAGUGAACUUAAAGCAAAGGAGGAACAGAACCAACGCACUAUUAAUGACCUGACUGCUCAAAGAGCUCGUCUGCAGACAGAAACUGGUGAAUACUCACGCCAAGUUGAAGAAAAAGAUUCACUGAUUUCUCAGCUCACAAGAGGCAAGCAAGCCUUUACCCAACAGAUUGAGGAACUAAAGAGGCAGCUUGAGGAAGAGAUAAAGGCCAAGAAUGCACUUGCCCAUGGUUUGCAAUCUGCCCGUCAUGACUGUGACUUGCUCCGGGAGCAGUUUGAAGAGGAGCAGGAAGCCAAGGCUGAGCUGCAACGUGCCAUGUCUAAGGCCAAUAGUGAAGUUGCUCAGUGGAGAACCAAGUAUGAAACAGAUGCCAUUCAACGCACAGAAGAGUUAGAGGAAGCCAAGAAAAAGCUGGCUCAGCGUCUUCAGGAUGCUGAAGAACACGUAGAGGCUGUGAAUUCCAAAUGUGCUUCCCUUGAGAAGACAAAGCAAAGGCUACAGAAUGAAGUGGAGGACUUGAUGAUUGAUGUGGAAAGGUCCAAUGCAGCCUGUGCAGCUCUAGAUAAGAAGCAGAAGAACUUUGAUAAGAUUCUGGCAGACUGGAAACAGAAAUAUGAGGAAACACAGUCUGAACUGGAAGCUUCCCAGAAAGAGUCUCGCUCUCUCAGCACAGAGCUCUUUAAGAUGAAGAAUGCUUAUGAGGAAUCUUUGGAUCACUUGGAAACUCUGAAACGUGAAAAUAAGAAUCUCCAACAGGAGAUAUCUGACCUCACGGAACAGAUUGCUGAGGGAGGAAAGGCCAUCCAUGAAUUAGAGAAAGUGAAGAAGCAGAUUGAGCAAGAGAAAUCUGAACUGCAGGCUUCUCUAGAGGAAGCUGAGGCCUCACUGGAACACGAAGAAGGCAAAAUCCUGCGCAUCCAACUUGAGCUCAACCAGGUGAAGGCUGACAUUGACAGGAGAAUUGCAGAGAAGGAUGAGGAAAUUGAUCAGCUGAAGAGGAAUCACCUGAGAGUUGUGGAGUCCAUGCAGAGCACGCUGGAUGCUGAGAUCAGGAGCAGGAAUGAUGCCCUGAGAAUAAAGAAGAAGAUGGAGGGAGAUCUGAAUGAAAUGGAAAUCCAGCUGAGCCAUGCCAACCGCCAAGCUGCUGAGGCAUUAAAGAACCUCAGGAACACCCAAGGAAUACUCAAGGACACCCAGAUACAUUUGGAUGAAGCUAUGAGGAGCCAGGAAGAUCUGAAGGAGCAAGUGGCCAUGGUUGAGCGCAGAGCUAAUCUGAUGCAGGCCGAGAUUGAGGAGCUCCGUGCAGCUCUGGAACAGACAGAGAGGGGCAGGAAAAUUGCAGAACAGGAACUUCUGGAUGCCAGUGAGCGUGUGCAACUUCUUCACACCCAGAAUACCAGCUUGAUCAACACCAAGAAGAAGCUGGAAACAGACAUCUCACAAAUCCAGAGUGAAGUGGAGGAGACUAUUCAGGAAGCACGCAAUGCAGAAGAGAAAGCCAAGAAAGCCAUCACUGAUGCAGCCAUGAUGGCUGAGGAACUCAAGAAGGAACAAGACACCAGUGCCCACUUGGAGAGGAUGAAGAAGAACCUGGACCAGACAGUGAAGGACUUGCAGCAUCGUCUUGAUGAGGCAGAACAGCUGGCAAUGAAGGGUGGCAAGAAGCAGCUCCAGAAACUGGAGCACAGAGUACGUGAGCUGGAAGCUGAAGUUGAGAAUGAGCAGAAACGCAGUGCCGAUGCUAUCAAGGGUGUGCGCAAAUAUGAGAGACGUGUAAAGGAACUAACCUACCAGUCUGAGGAAGACCGAAAGAAUGUUCUUAGACUCCAGGACCUGGUUGACAAGUUGCAGAUGAAAGUGAAAGCAUACAAGAGACAAUCUGAAGAAGCUGAGGAACAAUCCAAUGUGAACCUGUCUAAAUUCCGCAAGAUUCAGCAUGAGCUGGAAGAGGCUGAGGAGCGGGCUGACAUUGCUGAGUCCCAGGUUAACAAGCUCCGGGUGAAGACCCGAGAGGUGCACAAGAAAGUUGUUGUAAGCGAAGAAUAA